CAGCGUUACUGGAAACAUAACUGAACUGAAUAGAAAUAACAGCAGCAGAAAAGCCACACCAAAGCUAUAGAAACCCACAGAAAAUUGGGUUGUGUGGCCCUGGUAGCCGGUCUCAAAGAUAGCAAAGGGGUUGAAUCCUCAGGGUAGCUUGCGAAGGACCAGGAAGCUGGAUUCAAGAGCCGCACUGAGGCAAAUCCUCAUUGAAGAAUGGAAUCCUUUUAUCCGUAAAAAAUAUGUGCCGAUGAUUUCAUCAAAGAUCUCGAAAUGAAGCAGCCCGUUUGCCGAUUGUGCCUCGCUUCAGCAGACCAACAUCGUUCGCUGUUUGCGAAAUCGCAGGAACCCGAUUAUGUGUCGAUCAUACGGGAUAUCGUACGAUUAGAAAUCCGGGAGGAUGAUGAAUUACCCAAAAGUAUAUGCCUGAGCUGCGCGGCAAAACUCGCAAGAAUCGAAGAAGAUUUGAAAGGAUUUCGAGAAACAGACGGCAAAUUACGAGCUUUACUCCUCACAGAAACAGAUACUCACACGCAAACGACAGAGGGGAACGACAAGGAGCCUCAUCAUGAUCCGUUUGAUUCCUUUGUCAGCGUCAACGAGGAAGCAUCCGAGAGCUUACAAGAGAAUCGUUUAAACGUUCCUGAAGAGAAAUCCCUCGACUGCGUGCGCCGUUCUAGUCGCGUUCGGAGUAAGGUAGCACAGGCCACCCGUUCUCCUUCGAUCGUUUUAGAUCAAACCACGGACGAUAGACGUUCGGAAGAUGAGGGCGAUAAUGAUGUAUCGCAGCUAGAUAGCCCUAAAAUCUCCAGGACUGCAGCAUCUCCCUCCUUCGGUGGCUCGAAGAAACCCAUUAAAGGAUCAUCCAGCAGUAACCCGAAACCAUCAAGGGCCAAACGAAGAAAGCUAUCAAAAUCCGAGCCCAAGCGCGAAGAUGGUCCGACGCUCCGAGAUUACAAGUGCUACAUCUGCAGCAGUGAAUCGCUCGGUUCGCAGAAAGCGUUGCUGGAUCAUUUCGCCACACACGUGGACCGCGUACCAUACACCUGCGGGCGGUGUGUGAUGAAAACCGUCGUCAUCACGCGUGUCCGAACGCUGAACACACACCUGAAGAUGCAUGAGCAACCUAUCAAAUGUGAUUACUGCGAUCGGCGAUACAGCAAUGCCUCGGGGAAGUAUUAUCAUACGCAGUUUUACCAUCUGGGAGGCGGUGCACCGUGUAUCAUUCACUGUAAAGUGUGUGGCAAACAGUGCGGAUCACAGGAUGCUUUGCGAAAGCAUAUGAAAUACCACACGACGGCCCUCAAGUGCGGAAUGUGCGACAAAGUGUUCAACCAUCCAAACAAGCUGCGCAAUCAUGAGCUGAGCCACGAUGAAAAUGCGGGCUACGAGUGUGUCGUGUGCAAGAAGGUACUUCAGACGAUCGAAUCGUACGAUGUGCACCUGAAAAAGCAUACGCAGGAGCGUAGCUAUCAGUGUUCGCUGUGUCCGAAAAAAUUCAACACCUCGUGCAAUCUCAUACUGCACAUGAAGGUGCAUGCCAAGAAUGACAAUUACCGGCCGACACGCUCCUGGCUGGAGCACUAUACGAUCGUGAGUCGCGAACCGCUAAAGUACAAGUGCAAUCACUGCGAUCGAUACACCACCGAUAAGGUGAACAACAUGAUCUCCCACCUGCAGGCACACUUCAAGGAGUACGAGUGCGAUCGCUGCAAACGGUUGUUUGCGACGGCAAAGCAGUUACGUGCCCAUUACCCCACGCACACCGGCGAGAAGCCGGAAAUGUGUCAACACUGUGGCAAAUGCUUUUCGAAUAAAAACAGUCUACGGACCCAUCUGCGAACACAUGGCCGCGAAACGGCAACAGCGGAUAAUGGUGAUAACGAAGCACAGAAAAGCAUGAUGGGAACCGGCGUACCAAGUACGGUCAACGGAGAAAAGCCAAAUAAUGAUGGCAAGGAGACGACAGCAUAAGGAACCGUUUGUAGGGUUAGCAAACAAAGGGGAUCACAAUAAAUCGUCGAAUACGAAUUGUAAA